AUGUCAGACAACGCCAACGCCAACGUCACCACCGGCCCUCCCCGCAGACUCAGCUUAUCGGAAAAGAUUGCCGAAAAGUUCUCCGCGCUGAAGGGUCGUCGAACCAGCCAUCAUAGCGAUCACAGCCAACAGAGCAACCAGAACCAGCAAAAACACCAGCAUGGCACCAAUGAGAACGCCCACGACAGUGCAUUCGCUGUUGAGGGAAGCGCUGUCGGAUCACACGCCAUUCCCCCCAUCGGGCUUGAACACCGUUAUCAAGGUAAUGCUGCUCAGCAAACUCACAGUGGUCAAGCGCAGGCCCAAGCGCAGUCCCAGGCUCCAGUUCAGACAUAUGCUGAUCAACAGCAGACCUCCGAGGCCUAA